AGCCAAUGGCCAGUGGAAUCCCUGGGGGCCUUGGAGUGGCUGCUCCAAAUCAUGUGAUGGGGGUUGGCAGAGGCGGGCGCGGGUGUGCCAGGGGGCAGCGGUCACCGGGCAACAGUGCGAGGGCACAGGGGAUGAAGUCCGCAAGUGCAGUGACCAGCGUUGCCCAGCGCCCUAUGAGAUCUGUCUGGAGGACUACACUGUAUCCAUGGUGUGGAGAAGAACACCUUCAGGAGAACUGGCCUUCAACAGGUGUCCUCCCAAUGCCACGGGCACCACUAGUCGACGCUGCUCUCUGGAUCACCGGGGUGUGGCCUAUUGGGAACCACCCAGCUAUGCCCGCUGCAUAACCAAUGAAUAUAGAUACCUGCAGCAAUCAAUCCAGGGCCACCUAGCUAAGGGCCAGGGGAAGUUGGCGGGGGACGGGAUGUCUCAGGUGACCAAGACCCUGCUGGAUCUCACCCAGAGAAGGAACUUCUACGCUGGAGACCUGCUGUCCUCUGUGGAGAUACUCAGAAACGUGACUGAUACCUUCAGGAAGGCCAGUUAUGAACCAAGCUCAGACGACGUGCAGAACUUCUUUCAAAUCAUCAGCAAUCUCCUGGAGGAAGACAACAGGGAAAAGUGGGAAGACGCACAACAGAUCUAUCCAGGUGCAGUGGAGCUGAUGCAGGUCAUCGAGGAAUUCAUCCACAUCGUUGGCCUGGGCAUGAAGGAUUUCCACAACGCCUAUCUGAUGACUGGGAACUUGGUGGCCAGCAUCCAGAGGCUCCCGGCACUGUCUGUGAUGACUGACAUCAACUUCCCUAUGAAGGGACGUAAAGGCAUGGUGGACUGGGCCAGGAACUCUGAGGACAAGGUGGUUAUCCCCAAGGGCAUCUUUCUACCACAGUCUGCAGACAUGGAUGGAUCACCUGUUUUCAUCCUGGGGACUGUCCUGUACAAGACUCUGGGACUGAUGCUGCCUUCACCAAGGAACCACACGGCAGUGAGCUCCAAAGUCAUUGCUGUCACAGUGAGACCAGAGCCCAGGAUAACAGAGUCACACCUGGAGAUCGAGCUGGCUCACCUGGCCAACGGAACCCUGAGUCCUUACUGUGCAUUGUGGGAUAACGGCGUCAUGAACGAUUCUUGGGGAACCUGGUCGAGUAAAGGAUGUAAAACCGUACUAACCGAUGCAUCCCAUACAAAAUGCUUAUGUGAUCGUGUAUCUACCUUCGCCAUUUUGGCACAGCAACCAAGAGAAAUAACCAUGGAGUACUCAGCGGUCCCCUCUGUGACUUUGAUCAUUGGUUGUGGUCUGUCCUGUCUCGCCUUGAUCCUGUUGCUCGUGGUCUAUGCUAUUCUAUGGAGUACUUCCCGUUAUUCCAGAUAUAUCCGGUCUGAGCGGUCCAUCAUCCUAAUCAACUUCUGCCUGUCAAUCAUCUCCUCCAACCUCCUCAUCCUGGUUGGACAGACACAGACACACAAUGCGGUAAGAUUUCAUGUUGUACUGCAUGCACUUCAACUGCUUUACUCAAACACACGACUCACAAUGCAGGUUGUGUUUAUAUGUUGUAUUGGAAGAGACAAAUCAAAAUCAAAUCAAAUUUUAUUUGUCACAUACACAUGGUUAGCAGAUGUUAAUGCGAUCCCUCAGCCCCCUCCCUCCCCCAGUCCCUCAGCUCCCCUCCCUCCCCAGUCCCUUAGCAGUCCCUCAGCCCCCUCCCCUCCCCAGUCCCUCCCCCCUCAGUCCCUCAGCUCCCCUCCCUCCCCCAGUCCCUUAGCCCUCAGCCCCCUCCCUCCCCAGGGCCCUGGUCCCCCUCCCCCCCCAGUCCCUCAGCCCCCUCCCUCCCGUGUCAGGCCCCUUCCCCCUCCCCCAAGGCCCCUAGUGAUUGAUCAUCAUUUGGAGGAGAGCUACACGGCCCACACAGAGCCCCUGCAGGUGGGUCUGAAUGGACCUACUGCUGGGCCAUUCUGGCGGGUGGCGUGGGGGUUGAGGCAGUGUGCUCAGUGCCAUCAGUCCCCAGCAGGACCUGCCAUCGGCCCCAAAGGCCCUGUCCAGAGGCCCCCAUCGGCCCCAAAGUCCCUGUCCAGAGGCCCCCAUCGGCCCCCAAGGCCCUGUCCAGAGGCCCCCAUCGGCCCCAAAGGCCCUGUCCAGAGGCCCCCAUCGGCCCCAUCGUCCACCAGGCAUUCAACAGGCCAGGCCCUGGCUGCCAGGACAGGCCACUGGGGUUCGGUGGGCUAA